CAUUGACGAAGACUCACUAAGGUUUCAAAGAAGACAACCGAUCUCGCGCCCGCCUCGAUCUCCUCGCCGGCGGCGGAGGGCGAGAUACAAGCUACCGAUCGAUCAAUAUCCGGUGAGAUCUCGCCACCGAUGAUGGCUACAAGCAAGCACAACUCUGUUCUCCUGGCUGCGGUCUUGAUCGCCGCCGCUGUACUCUUCUCGGCAAUCCCAUCUACCCACUCUGCAGCAUCGGCGUCGACGCCGAAGAAACCGAGAUUGGGAGUGUCCACUGUUCCAUCUCAGGUUGCUGUUGAUGCCGGCAGCGUGGGAUUCGCCUCGGUGGUGUUCCCUCUCUACGGCGAUGUAUAUCCUCACGGGUUGUACUACGCGUCGAUGAGCAUUGGGGAUCCACCGAAGCCCUACUUCCUCGAUGUCGACACCGGCAGCGACCUCACUUGGCUACAGUGCGACGCCCCCUGCGUACGUUGCUCCAAGGGUCCACAUCCACUAUACAAGCCAACAAAGAACAAGCUGGUGCCGUGCCAGGACCCGUUAUGUGAAGCAGUGCAAAGGGCCACCGGGAUGAGAGAUGAGAACGGGUGCGAGCCCAACCAGCAAUGUGACUACGUGGUCGGCUACGCUGAUCAAGGCUCCUCCACCGGCGUCCUCGUCCGUGACGGCUUCACCCUCCGCUUCAGCAAUGGCUCCCUUGCCCGUCCCCGCCUCGCUUUCGGAUGUGGAUAUGACCAGCAAGGCAUCGGACCAAAUGCACCGGCACCAACGGAUGGUGUGCUGGGAUUGGGAAGGGGAAAGUCCAGCAUACUGUCUCAACUAAGUGAUGCGAGGCUGACGAGGAAUGUGGUUGGGCAUUGCCUUGGGAGACAUGGUGGUGGAUACCUUUUCUUUGGAGAUGGUUUGGUGCCACGCUCUGGCGUCACUUGGUCUCCUAUGGCUCGUACCACUGUUCUGGCCAAGUAUUAUUCUCCGGGACAAGCCAGCAUUUACUUUGGUUCCAAGUCAUUGGGUGUUAGACAGCAGCAGAUGGUCUUUGACAGUGGGAGUUCAUUCACUUACUUUGCCUUGCAGCCUUAUCAAUCUUUGCUCAAUGCGAUAACGAAAGAUUUGUCUGGGAAACCAAUCAAAGAGACCCAUGAGGACCGAGCGCUUCCUGUUUGCUGGAAAGGACCCAAGGCAUUUAAAUCCAUUUUCGAUGUAAAAACAUACUUCAAGUCACUGGUGUUGAACUUCGUGAACGGGAAGAAAGCUUUCAUGGAGAUCCCACCAGAGAACUACCUCAUUGUCACCGAUCAUGGAAAUGCUUGCUUGGGAAUCCUUAACGGAACUGAAGUUGGCCUAAAAGAUCUCAACUUAAUAGGAGAUAUAUCUAUGCAAGAUCUAAUGGUGGUUUACAACAAUGAGAAUCAGCAGAUAGGAUGGAUUAGAGGAAGCUGUGACCGGCUUCCCAAUGCAGAUGAUGAUGAUGAUGACAAUGGCUUUAAGUCUGAGGGCGGUCACUUCGAGCCUCAGUUCUUAUAUCAGAUCAGUGUCUUGCCUCUCUUAUUCAAUAAUCAGUAGCCUCUCUCAUGUAUGUGUGUAUUAAUUAAUUAUAUGUAACUGGAAAGAGUGUUGUUGUUACAUGUAAUCUAUGUUAGUUUAUGAAAAUA